UCAGUGAAGUCCACGUGUAGUACGGAUAUCACGACUAGACAAUGCAUGACAGUCCACUUUCUACCCUACAGAAGAGUUUGGUUUACAAAACAGGAUACUAUGGAUAUAGCGGAUUACCUGAUUUGUGUACUGAAGUUGAUUUAAAAGCCAUUGGAGUUGUUGACAUUUAAUAUAUCAUAUUGUUAUUAACUCUAAAUGGCGUCUCUUCACGACUCAUCUUUUUACUGUAUAACUGAACAUGAACUCCCACCAGAGAAACGACUCAUCUACACUGUCAUCAGUCUGCUCUCUGCAUCUCUUGGUAUCUUCGGUGCUUCAUGGCAGGUAAUCACGUAUGGUCCAGAGACACAUGACUUCCUCAAGCGGCUAAAUAACCAGGAACAACAGCGUCGACAGUCCAUACAGCCCAACCCCGUGAUAGUUUUGUUCCUGGCGGUUACUAAUCUCACUUCGUGUAUAGGUUCUGUGUUGCGGUCUGUGGCUACAUACGCUGUGGUCCCUCCAUCUUCGACUAAUGAAGUCAUCGUCGUCCACGUGUCACAGUCUUACUGAUGACUCAUUCAUUCCAAGGGUCAACACAGAGGUCAAGAUUGCCGGUGGCAUUCUGGAGGCCUUUACAGACUUCAGUUACGUGGCGUCCUCCCUGUGGACGCUAUCCUUCGCCAUUAAUAUAUACUCUCAACUGGUGGGUAGACACAUCCCUGUGAAGGUGUUCCAUCUGGGGACGUGGUUGGGGUCCAGUGUAAGCGUGACGGCUGGUCUAGUGGCAGUGUACAUGGGCACGGAUAGGAUGUCCGUAUGCCCUGGACAGGAGCGUAUAUUCUGGCGGUACCUCUCCACGUAUGUUCCUAUGGCGUUUACACUGGUUAUGAUCUGUGUUCUGUACUGGAAAGCUAGCAUAUCAGUGUCUUUAUCAUUUACUAAACUAACCGCCACGGUUGGUCGUGAAGAGCGAGCCAUCAUUCAGCGAUUGAGGAUGCGGUUUUUCUGGAUUGUGUUUUUCUUUGCAUUAUGCUGGCUUCCAAACAUUGUGGACUGUUUCUUACAUAUUGACCUCCUGUCUGAGAAAUGCAUGUACCAGUUGGACGGGUUGCUGUUUCCAUUAUGGAUAAUAGAGGCCCUGAUGAAUCCCCUACAGGGACUUUUUAAUUGUUUCCUGUAUGGACGGAAGUGUUCUUGUAGGCCAUUUGUGUUUACAGCACGAACAAGGAGACACUAUACUCAGAUAGUCGACACAGAUAGAUCCUAUAACGGACUUUUAAACAACUUGCCAGACACGGCCCGUACGUGACACAUACCCCGUGUAUAAAUCCUGUUCUUAUUUGUAUCCAUAAUGUUUAGGGUAGUAAUGUGAAAAUGAAUGGUUUUCCAUAUGUCCUAAAAUGUGUUUUGAAAUAUGUUCUCUAUUUAUAGUAAUGAAUAUUUCAGACUAGGUAGUAGUGAGGUGGCAAUGUUAAUAAUAAUACCAUAUUGGUAUUAUAUUUGUCUAAAGCAACUGAAUGACUUUGUAUCAAUGGUAUCAUGUACCAUUCAAGAUAGCUACUUUUGUCUGAAACACACAGCUUAAGGUAUAUCACAUAUACUGUUUUGUCAUGAAUAUUUAUGAUCUCAUUUGAAUGUCUGUUGAUAACUUUCUAAAUAUCUAUAUUAAAUUUGCAUUUGAAGCAAUCACUAAAAAAAAUGA